AUGCUCAGCCAGCAAAUUAUACAAGACAAGCUUUCGCAGGCCAUUUCAGACAUCAAAAAUGUCAUCAUUACUGACACAUCUAACGGGUGUGGCCAGUCUUUUGAUGUAAUAGUGGUCAGUGACACUUUCCAGGGCAAAAACAAACUUCAAAGAUGCCGUUUGGUGAACAACGCUUUGAAAGAAGAGGUAGCACAAAUCCACGCCUUUGGGUGCAAGUGUUUCACUCUUGAGGAGUGGUCAAAAUUGGUAGUGUAA